GUACAGGAACCCGCUUCGAGCUCAGGGCUGUGCAUAAGUAUCUUCAUCGAAAUGUUCAAAAUCGAAGCUGCAGACUUAAAAUAAGCAACUUUUCAUUGUCCUGAAGUGUAAAAAGCUUUGCUUUCAACUGCUUAGUUCAAUGCCGCCUUCAUCAAGAAUGGCCCCGCCCCGGGCGGGAGCUGGCGGCGCGCUCCUCCGGCCGCCAGGGGGCGCCGCUGUGCCGCCGCCCGCGGGGCGGGUCCAGCGUCGCCGCCGUUGCUACGGGCGGGCCGCGGGCGCGCAGCGGGGCUGAGGCGGCCUCCACCGCCGCCCGCUCGGCCUGCCCGCCCGCCGGGCCGGGGCAGCUGCCAGCCCGGCCUCCGAGGCCCUGUGGGGAGAAGGGUGGCUGCGGCCGCCUCCGGGCGGAACCGGCGGGUCCGGGCCGCCUCCCGCCCGCAGCGGCGGCGGGUGAGGUGCCGACGAGGCCAGCGCAGCGGAGCCGGCCUCCGCCGGGGUAGCAGCGGGGCCCCGCGGGCCGGGAGGUCAGUGGUCUCUCAGGGGUGAGCGUGUCCGUGGUGCGUUCGCCGCGGGGGCGGCCCGUGGGUGGUGUCUCCGGGACCGCCGGUGCCCGCGGGUGUCAGCGACUGCGACCGUGGGGAGUCUCGUCCGUCCUCUCCCCUCGCCUCGGCCUGGUGCGGCCGCUGUCAGGGCUGCGGUCGUCGUGGCGAGUAGGUGAGAAGGGGAGGUGUGAGGAGCUGGCGAAGCCAUCCCUCCUGUCUGGUCCGAGGAGGACACGGGCGGCUUCCCCUCGGGUACAAAACCGGCGUUCCGGUGUGUUUUAACAGGGUUUUGCGUUUCCAGUGUAGAGCUACGCAGUGUGCCGCUGCAGGUGGGAAGUUUGGUUUGCGAUAAGUGCGGAAUAACGAGGUGCUUCCCCCGUUAAGUAGGAGUUUGCCUUGAAUCCCUAUUCUGUAUCCCUAAAACUACUCCUCGGAUAUCGCCUCAGUUUCAGCAGCAGUGGUCAGGGGUUGGCGCGAAGCAAGAAAAGGUGGCAGCCAUCUCCCUGCUGUGAGAUCACGGUAGAAGCUGAGAUCACUGGAAAUUUCCUGGCCUCUGGCACCGAGUGCUGUGGGCAGCCUGGAGGCUGGUUGUACUGGUGACUCACUGUACAGCAAGGAGAACAAGCUGUGAUUUAUAUACGGUUUUAAUUCCCUUUCACGCUAACAGUAUACACAAUCUUUUCUUAAAGAAGUCUGUACGCAGCUGUGAUGCCUACAGCAGUGAGGAAGUCAAUUCACUGCUCUGCUCUUGAAAGAAAAAAGAAAAUAACAUUGGUUUUCUAACAAGGUCACAUUAAGGUUUGAAUUGUUCUAGAGGGAGGUCCUGUGAGGAGUUUGCUUUCUGAUUAAGGAGCAGAGUUUGCAGCUCAAUAACUUUUCAUUCUUACAUGUUUCUCUUGGGGAAAUCCAGGUAUCCCACCUCUUGAAAUUUUGCAGACAAUGCAUCUGCCUACACAUAUACCUGCCCUUCAUUCUCAGCUAAAGACUGAGCUGUCUUCAAUUUCCAUGUCCUUCUGGCUUGGUUAAGCCCUGCGAACUUACGGGGUAAGCAAGGGAAGGAAAACUAUGCUGUGAGGAACUUUUCGUAUGGAGCAGUAUCCAUAGCUAGUAUCCCGGGGGAGAAUGAGUACUCCAAAUGGAUUUCCACAGCACUCCGGGGCAUGUGUUACUCAGAGCACGGAGGGUGGAGCAGUACAGGACCUGCACGCUAAAAAAGCUGGCAAAGCAGCAAAGAAGGAGGCUGCUGGCAAUGGGGUGCUUACCUUUGAAGAUCCUCCGAGUGUAGGCAUCUCUUUAAAUGAAACCUUAAAGCUUCUACCAGAUGAACUCAAAGCUAAUACAAAAAUUAAAUCGGUCACUCCAAGGCCUCCUCGGAAACCCCGGCUGGAGCGUGCUGCAUCUCUGGAUGAGAAAAGCUGGAGGAGGUGGCGGCGGUUUAGAACGAGUCAGGAAAGUCUGACUGAUCCCAAUGAGACAAGUUCCUCAAAUGGUUCUCUGCAGGAAGCAUCCCUCAGCCCUCCUGUCAGGGGUAGGGCAAGCCCCUGCCAUCAGUGCUGCCAGCAGAAUUCCUUGCACAGUUCACCAGAUGCCUCGGAAGCCAGUCCCGUGGGGAAGAGCAGAGGAGGCACCUCCGACCUGGGGAAACGAGCCUCCGAGAUCUCCAGUGCCUUUGGUGGGCUUCUGCGGGGAAAAGCGUUUGCAGGUGGCAAACCCCGGCUGUCCCAAAUAAUGCCGGCUCGACCUCUGCCACCCAUGGAGUUCAAUGUGGCCUCUCACACGCUGAGGACAGCUAAUAGGAUUGACUCAGAUUGUAUGGAUUAUCGACAUUAUUCUCAGCACAAGUUUGGGAGGGUAAGCAGCAGCUUGAGCGAUAGCAGGCUACAUGGCAACGGGCUAGUCUAUGAUAAUUGCUCCACAGACUCCAUGAAAUCUACAUUCAGUCUGCUCACUCCCAUUCGCUCCAAGGAUGUUCGAAGCAGAAGCUAUUUGGAAGGCAGCCUUCUGGCGAAUGGUGCCUUACUGGGAGCAGAAGAACUUAGCAGAUAUUUCCCUGAUCGGAAUAUUGGAAUUUUUGUGGCCACCUGGAACAUGCAGGGUCAGAAGGAGCUUCCAGUGAAUCUGGAUGACUUCUUAUUACCAACAGAUCCUGACUAUGCCCAGGACAUGUAUGUCAUUGGGGUUCAAGAAGGCUGUCCAGACAGAAGAGAGUGGGAGAUCCGCCUGCAAGAGACGCUAGGUCCCCACUACGUCAUGCUCUACUCUGCUGCACAUGGGGUGCUGUACAUGUCAGUCUUCAUUCGGAGGGACCUGAUCUGGUUCUGCUCAGAAGUGGAGUAUGCCACAGUGACAACUCGAAUUGUAUCUCAGAUCAAAACCAAGGGAGCUCUGGGAAUCUGCUUCACAUUUUUUGGGACCUCCUUUCUCUUCAUCACCUCCCACUUCACAUCUGGGGACAGUAAGGUGAAUGAGAGGAAACUGGACUACAAUAAAACCAUUCAAGCCCUUACACUUCCCAAGAAUGUUCCGGACACAAACCCGUAUCGAUCCAGUUCUAAUGAUGUCACAACUCGGUUUGAUGAAGUAUUCUGGUUUGGUGACUUCAAUUUCCGACUAAAUAAGGAUCGUGAGACCGUGGAUUCCAUCUUGAACCAGAACCCAGAAACAGACGUGUCCAAGCUAUUGGCAUAUGACCAGCUUACCAGUGAAAUGAGUAGAGGGUCUAUUUUCAAAGGAUUCCAAGAGGCUGACAUUAAUUUUCGUCCUUCCUACAAGUUUGACAUAGGAAAGGACAGCUAUGACACCACUUCCAAACAAAGGACUCCUUCCUACACGGGUGGAUGUGCAAAGGGAGUUACCAUCAGUCUCCCCUCUCUCUCUACCUCCCAGGAUCGAGUUGUAUACCGCAGUCGGUACAGAGAUGACAUCCAUGCUGUCAAGUACUCAUCUUGUCCUGUGAUCAAAACUUCAGACCAUCGGCCUGUAUUUGCCUUGUUUCGUGUGAAAGUGAGGCCUGGCAGAGACAACAUUCCACUUGCUGCAGGGCAGUUUGACAGAGAACUCUAUUUAAUCGGAAUAAAGAGGCGGAUUACAAGGGAACUUCAGAAACGGCAAGAGCAAAAGGACCAAAAAUCCAGCAGCGUAUGUAGCAUUUCCUGAGCUGAGAACUCUGCAAUGCUUGUGUUAGAGGUGCCUGGAAAGAGGAUUUCAGGCCACGGCAAACUCUGAAGGGAAUUGUCUGCUUAAGCACCUCUGGCAGUUGCUGUGGCUUGUGAAGAAUGUCUUAAACCUCAUCCUGGAUUCAUUUGCAUGAGCUAAUCCAUGUAGCUCAAGUGCUUUUGCUGAAGAAAAUGGAGUCAGUUAUUUAGGACAUCCAUCCCAACAGAUGUAACCGAUUUAUUUUUAACCAUACUAUCUUUGGAAGCAACCGGAUGCAGACUCUUGGUUCUAAGAUGACUCCACACAGGGGGUACAGCUUCUGGAAUUGGCAUGACCAGGGGCAGGGGACCUAAGAAAAGCCUGCAGAAAGGUGAAAAUUUUUGUUUGUCUCUUUGAUUUGAUCUGGUUAGCUUAUGUAUGUUGUGGGGUUGUUUUUUUUCUCCACAUCUGUAGCCAAGUGUAUGGUAUUCUGUAAAAUGCAUAACAGGGACCAGUUAGGGGACUUGGGCAGUUUUGUGUAAGGAUGGUGCUCCUGUGUUGGGCUUUUUUGGUCCUCCACAGCAAGAUCUGUGUGAAUGUACUACUGUACAUUUGAAGUGUAGAAACAUUGCCUUUCAAUAAUUAUUCUAUAGGCCUUCUGUUACUAAGGGGGUAAAUAUCAAUCUCUCACACCAUAUAUUUGGCUGUUGAGACUGCUUGAAACAAUCCCUUCCUUAACUCACUUGUCCUCCCCAGGGGUGAUAAAACACUACCUGCCUUCAUUAGAGGACACUUGAGUUGAAAAUAAUGGUCUAAGUACAGCUACUGUGUAAUGCUUCACCAAAGUGAUCAAGAUGUCAAGCGAGUAUACUAGGGAAGUAUGCAGAGAAACUACAGCAAGUCAGAUCGGUGCAGUUCCAUUACCUCCGAUUACAGUUAAUUCCUUUUGUUUUUAUUUUUCCAAUUCAGUGAACUGUGAAUAAUUUGCUAUUUUUGAAGUAGUGUUGUCUUAAAGCUAAACAUAACUACAUGGACUAGUAUGGCACUGGUAAAAUCUAAGUACAGCUAAUACUCAAAAACUUCAUGGGCACAGAUCAGCUGGAUCAUUAAUCACCUUAGUACAGAAAACACCGUGCAAACAACUUGGAGGAAGUGCUGCUAACUAUGCAACCUGUCCAAGACAGAGCUUCUGUUCUGCGGUACAAACAUUUAUGGCACUGACCUGUCUGUAGCCAUCAGGUACUUGGAUUUCCUUUCUUUUUAAAGGAAUAAAAAUAAAUUAAUGCAAUACCUUAAA